UCAACCGUAGGAGGCCAUCCGGUUCGUCCGGAGUCGGAGAGUCGGACGAUGGCGUGGAAUUAAACAGCGGAAGGUUAUAUCAAGUUCUGGACGAGCUCCAGAUUUCUACGGGAUUCCCUGCUCUCUGUUGAUUGGAGAACGGGUCUCGAAUUCUCAAUUUGGGCUUCAGAUACCUUGCGAGCGAAGCUUCUAUCUCAAUUCCCAAAGCACGAAUCUUUUCGUUUUAAGCAAGAGAUCGCUUCACCCUUCUUCUUGUGGGGUUCUUCUAAUUAGGUUUGAAAGGUCGCCUUUUCGGUAAGGCAGAGUUAGCAAAAUCAAAUAAUUUCUAUUAUGGCAACCAGAACCUUAAGAAGGCGGCUUCGUCACGGGGAUGUUGAUGGGGGAAGAAAUGAGCAUAUGGAUGAAUCAGGUUUAGAUGCCCUAAAUGAACCUCUUCUUGGAAAUUAUAGUUAUGAUGAGGACCACUCUGAGGGAUAUGAUCAUAGAAGUCAUGAAGAUAUUUGGGACGACAAAAAGAAGGAACAGCUCCACUGGACAUAUCUUUUUUCGAAUUUGAUUGCUCAGUGGGCACAAUGGUUAGUAAACAUUCUCCUGGGCUCUGGUUCAAUUAUAGGGAGGUUCUUACCUCUUCCAUCUAUUAUUCAAAAUGGACAGGGUAAUCCAAUCUGUCUUAGUCCCUUGCAGGAAGAAAGACUGAGAUAUUUGAGGCAGAGACUGGAGGUCCCAUUCGAUGGUUCUCGUGUGGAACAUCAAGACGCCCUGAAACAACUCUGGAGGAUGGCUUAUCCUAAUCAAGAGAUUCCUCCUCUCAAAUCAGAGUUGUGGAAGGAGAUGGGUUGGCAAGGUUCCGACCCAUCGACAGAUUUUAGGGGCGGUGGCUUUAUAUCAUUGGAGAACCUCAUCUUCUUUGCCAACAACUAUCCUGAUUCUUUCCAAAUGCUGUUAAAGAAGCAAGAAGGGAAAAGAGCUGAAUGGGAGUACCCAUUUGCCGUAGCUGGUAUUAAUAUAUCAUUUAUGCUGAUACAGAUGUUAGAUUUACAAUCAGCAGGCAUGCCAACUUCGAAGGCAGGAGCCCGUUUUCUGGAACUUCUUGGAGAAGAUGAAAAAGCAUUUGAUAACCUCUACUGUGUAGCCUUUCGAAUGCUGGAUGCCCAGUGGCUUGCCAAGCGUGCUUCUUAUAUGGAGUUUAAUGAAGUUCUGACGUCUACAAGAGCUCAAUUAGAGCGUGAGCUUGCCCUAGAGGACACUACCAGUAUCAAAGAUCUACCAGCAUACAACAUGUUGAAUCAAUAGCAUACCAUUAUUCCCAAAUGUUAGCUUUUUCCUUUUUUUUCCUUGUUAACCCUCCGUAUGCUAUAUGGCUAUAUUUAGGGUCACUCAUCACCAAUUUCAUCUAUGGUUGUAUUCAUACAAAUGGUGGAUGAAAUUUAUAAAUGGGGCUCUCAAAUACUGAAUCAAAUUUACAAGUACUGAAUGACGAUGUAAUCAGAAGGAAUAUACCAGGACAUCUGCUUGAAAAAGGCUGUUGCUAGACUUGUAAAUUUUAAACUAAUCGUAUUUUGAAUCUGCAGCUUUGAUACA